UUCUCCAUUCUUGAUCUUCAACAAUCAAAACCCACAUCUCAGUCUCAUCCAAAUCACCUCAAAUCAUUCAACAAUGUGGAUAAACAAAGACCCACCCAAAGGCUUCACAUUCUCCACCCAUCAGCCAGAAAAGAACCAGACUUAUUCAGCGCCGUCGUACACCCACCGCCCAUGGCCGCCACCGGUGACAGAGAAGAAGUGGACGGCCGCACUGUCUAACCCCAGUAAUCAAUUGUUUCACAUUAUUCAUAAUGUUCCUGCUGGUGAUUCUCCCUAUGUUCGAGCCAAAGAUGUUCAGGGAGGGGUAAAUAAGUAAUUCCAGAUGGACUUAACAGAGAAAACUAACCUCCAUCCACUCCAGAGACUAUCCGAGUAACAAACUGUCGAACCACAGGGACCACCGGUGUAAUUUCUAAAAGUUGGGGACUAUAGGUGUUACUUUACAAAA